AUGAGAUCUCAUAUUCCCCAUAAUAAAGACAGCAGUGGAGGUUUACAAGUAGCAUUGCUCUCUUUUUUCUCCCUUCAAAUACUUCAGAUUCAACCUCAAGACAGCAUGGAGAAUAAACAGCAGCAAUUACUCUUAGGAAGGGAAACUAACCCAGCAACUGAAAACCAGUCCUUUGAGAUGCUAAAAGAACUAUCAAUGAAGUGGUUUAUGGAGACGCAGGUUCCUCUUAUAUUACAGAAUGGGAUUUUACCUGAGUGGUUCUAUGGAUUCAUUACAAGAAAGCAGAGUGAAGAGCUGCUUAAAGACAAAGACGUUGGCUGUUUUCUUAUCAGAUUAAGCGACAAAACAAUUGGUUACAUUCUGUCAUAUAGAGGAAAAGAUCGAUGUCGGCAUUUUGUCAUUAAUCACCUACGGAAUGGACAUUAUGUAGUAUCAGGGGAUACCUGUACCCAUGAAAGCCUUGCACAGCUGAUAGGCUAUUACCAGACUUCAGAAAUCGAGCCUUUUGGAGAAAAUCUUACAACAGUUUGCGCUCAGUCAAUUGAGAAAAGUUUAUAUGAUGAGAUCGCUUUGGAUCAGCAAACCUCUUCAAAAGAAAGUAAAUCAAACAGUGGAGAAGUCAAUCUCUUGCUGACAAGGCAAGUGUCUGGCAGCUCACAAACCACUGUGCUAAUGAAGGAAGCCACCUCUCUACCUUCAAAGUCAAAGAGAGAGCACAAGAACUUAUCAGGAGAAAGAAAGAACUUUAACUCCGAGGAUCCAGACAUAGCCCCACCACUGCCGGAUAGGAGCAGCUUGCUUAUGCAGGAGACAUCCAAACUAGAUUUAAAUGAUCAAGGAAACACUGUAUAUGCGGAGCUGAACAAACACCAUUUGAAUGGCAGAGGCCUUAGUUUGGAGACCCACUCUGCCACUGACAAAAUCCUCAUUGAGAAAUCAGCCUGUUCAUCACAAGGUAACACCCAGCAAAAACCAGGAGAACCAGACCAAGCAAACUACUCUCCUAGCAAAAAAAUCAGCUCGGUGUAUGCUUUGGCUAAGCAAGCUGAACAUUUCUAUGACAAAAAAAUUGAUCUUAUAAAGCCAUCGCCUCCAGAAACUGUUUAUUCUGAAGUUAUGGUAGAGCAAGGCAAAAGCCAUUCCUCACUUCCUUGGGGUCAAAAUGUCCAUUCCCUAUCCCUUUGUCCAUCAACUUCUGCAGACACAAAGAAAUUGACAUUAAGUACUCCUGCUACAACGUCCCCUAAGUUAUCUCCUAAGUUACCCAUUAAAGCUAGGACCUCUGUGGAGUCCCAAGAUUCAGAACAGCUAUUUGCAACCUAUGCAACCUCUCUCCAAAGCAAUGAAGGGCUUAGAAAACCAUACAACAAGAUCCUUCAUGAUUCACCAACACAUAGCAUAUAUGGGCAGAUUGAGAAGGUGAAAGCUUGUAAGCCUUUUGCUUCUGGCUCUGAUAAUGGGAACAAUACUUAUGAACAGAUUCCAGUCGGACGACCAAAGUCAUCUACCCAUGAUCAAGCUUCUGAGAGACUUUCUAAGUCUUCCCUAGGACAACCCAAUGAUACUUAUGAUGAGGUGUCUUCUUUGAACACAGGAUCCUCCAGAACAGAGAACUGUACUGAAAAUACAUAUGAAAAGAUUCCUGAAAAUUUCCAGAAAGGCUCAUCUGCAAAGAAAAUUCCUGCUCCUGAUAACAUGUAUGAGCAAAUUUCCCUAGACCCUUUGAAGGGAGCAGAAGCAAAACCAAACCAGAAGAUGGACAAGCGAAGAAGAUUUUUUUUUGCUGACAAGAAGAAUAAAUCAUGA